AGUAAAUUUUUAAUGUUAGUUUAAAGUUAUGGUUAGGCCUCUACAUCCCUCGGUCCAAUACAAUCGCUAUUUUACAAAUACGAGUAACACGAAAAUAAGGUUGAUUACACGGUAAAAAAUUAAAAAAUGAAGUGUCAAUUUCGAAUCACAGGUUUCACCAAAGAAAUAACAUAUUCGCUGAUCAUACUGACAACUUACAUAGUAGGUGGAGCAGGCAGAGCCUACUUGACAUUUUUAUUUUACCAGUUGGAUUUUCCGGACUCGCGUUUUAAGUUGGAUGCUGACCAGAAAACAUGGAUUGCCAGCUCCUUAGGGAUCCUGAGUCCAGUUGGAAGUGUUUGUUCCGGCGUAAUAAUGGAUUUUUGUGGUAGAAAAAUAUAUUUGCUUAUAACGUUCAUACCUUUCAUCAUUUCAUGGAUAAUCAUCAGUUUUGCAGCUAGUUUCGAAAUGCUAUUCGUUGGAAUGCUCAUUCUAGGAUUUGGUAUAGGUGUAUCAUUCUGUGUGUCCACUUACAUAUCUGAGAUCAGCGUACCAAAAAACAGAGGUGCAUUAUUAGGUCUGACCGAGGUAGCAUACAAUGUGGGUGUAACAGUCUGCAGUUUUUUACUUUACAACAUCGUGUGGCACGAAGCAGCUAUAGUAUUCGCUGUACUAUCAAUAAUUUUCAUGUUCUCCACGUUACUAUUACCAGAAUCUCCUGUAUGGUUGUAUAGCAGAGGAAAACGAGAAAAAUCAGUAAAAAUCCUAAGCUCUUUGAGAUGUUCAAAAGUCGAAAAUAUCACAGAUGAAAUAAAAGACAUGGAGAAAAACUGCGAAGAAGAAAGAAAAACUUCGUGCGGCGAAACACUGAAAAAUAUUACGAGAGCUUGGAAACCAUUCCUCAUAACAAUAGUGCUGUUUGCCUUCUUGCAACACACGGGUUAUUCCAUAAUGGUUGCUUAUACAAUCAUGAUCUUCGACCGCUUAGAAUUACCUUUGGAAAGUACCAAAAUUACAAUUAUGUAUUCUGCGGUAGGUUUUAUUGGAAGCGUAGCUACGCCAUUUUUUAUGCAUAGAAUGGGUCGGAAAACUGUGCUGGGAUUGUCUUCUUUUUGUAUGGGAGCAUGUGUGAUAGUUGUAGGAGUGUACGAGGAGAUAUUUUACCACCAAAAUGAGAAAUUAUUCGCCUACAUUGUACCAAUAGCCUUCUAUGUGUAUACGUUGGCUUGCAACAUAGGAGUUUUACCAAUAAGCUUUAUGAUUGGGGGAGAACUUUUCCCGAAUGAAGUAAGAGGUACAAUGAAUGGCCUUUAUGGCGUUUUCGCAUACGCUUAUUGGGCCCUGACGUUGAAAUUUUAUCCAAAAUUUAUGAACUUCUAUGGAAUCAAAAUCACCAUGUGGGUAUUUGCUAUAUCUUGUUUUAUAGUUUCGUUAUUUGCAGCUUUCAUUUUACCAGAGACUCAUGGUAAAACUCUGAAUGAGGUGCAGGAACAAUAUUUCAAAAAAAAGAAAAAACCUUCAAGAUCAACUGAAGAACAACUUGAAUGUACAUAGGUAGUUGAAUUCUUGUCAUUUUUAUCAAAUAUUUCACCUUUGAAGUUCGAUCAUAGUCUGUAACGUAGACCUAGGUACAUAGUUUUUUGAGACGAACGAGAAAAUUAUUUUGUGAAAUUGUCUAUCUUUGAAAUUAAAGGAGCGAUAUAUGUAGAAUAAAUUUAAAAAAUUAUUCACCUACACCGCUAUCAAUUUUUGAAUUAGAUUGUUUUGUAAAGGGAUUUUUUUCUUUUUCUGGAAAUUUAGAAAAGUUUUUAAAGAUUCCUACCUAUGUACGUACAUAGAACCUGUUCAAGCAUCUUUCCUCGAGUUCCUCACAUUUAGAUCAAGAGCAGAGAUAUUUUGGGACGAAUUAAAUUCCUCCCAUCUGUACCUACUUGAAUGCUGAUUUCAUACCUGAUACAGGUGAUUGAAAAAUCAUAACGUUGAUAUAAUACUUAUACAAAGUCCCCCCCCCCCAAAUGAAAAACUGAACAAUUUUGGAAGCAGGAAGAGAAGAAUCUCUUGCGAAUUGAAAGGAAUAAUUAUAGGAAUUCAUACGUGAUAUUGUACAUAAGUAGUUACCCAUUUCUCAGAUAUUUUGGGUCCUCAUUAUCCCUCAUUAUCAUACACAAGUUGACUUCGAUAAUUCGAGCAGAUAUAACAUGCGGUCAUUUUCCCUUCCUUUUCUCAUUCAGUCAUUCCAGGGCAAUGCAACGGAUUAUCGAAUGUAGCAAAAUUGACACCCCGAAUCGAUUGCGACCAUUUUCGAGACAAUACAGAGCUUCCAGCAGGACUUAGUUUUUCUCCAGCACACUGGAAUCGCUUCAAAUGCAGCUAUAGUACACUUCGGCCGCAAUGGAAAUUUAGUUCCGUGGUGUUGGAGAAAUGAACUUUUAAUGUACCUAUUUGGUAUAAUUAGUAUUUUUUAUAUAGUUAGCUGCUUACAUUAAUUAAAUGGUUUUUUAAUAAUGGAUUUCUGUGGAAUAAAAAUAUUUUUACUCAUUA